AUUAAAACAUGUGAACUUUUGACCUACUUUAACUAAAUCUAACAAAACUCUCACUGUAUUCAAUCUGUUGAUAAAUAGAAAACUCGAACAUUCCUCUCAUCUCUCUCUCUCUCUAUAUAUAUAUAUAUAUAAUAUAUAUAUAUAUAUAACUUUCACAAAUAAAGAUUCACACCCCACACCGAACCAAAACUUAAAGAAAUGGCAAAAGUUGGCUUCUCCUUAAUUGGGGUUCUUCUCUAUGCUUCUCUUCUACAACUCCUCUUAAGCAAAGCACAAAGCUCAUCACCAUCAAAUUCAAAUUCAAAGUCGUUAGAUUUCAUCAAAGCCUCAUGCAAGGCCACAACGUACCCUGCACUAUGUGUCCACUCCCUCUCAGCCUUCGCCACCAAAAUCCGCCAAAGUCAGCGCCAGCUCUCCCAAACAGCCUUGGCAGUAAGCCUUUCCAAGGCCAAAUCAGCCUCUGACUUCGUGUCCAAGAUGACCCGAGUCAAAGGCAUAACUCCCAGAGAGCGUGCAGCCGUUAAAGACUGCAUAGAGAACAUGGCUGACACCGUGGACAGGCUCAGCCAGUCGGUCCGGGAACUUGGUCACAUGGGGAGUGGUCAGGACUUUGUAUGGCACAUGAGUAAUGUCCAGACAUGGGUGAGCGCUGCUCUAACUGACGAGAACACUUGUCUUGAUGGGUUUGGAGGGCGUGGUAUGAAUAAUGGGAAUGUCAAGGCUGCCAUUAGGAGAAGGGUUGUAAGUGUUGCUCAAGUCACUAGUAAUGCUCUUGCUUUGGUUAAUCGUUUUGCUUCUAAGCACCACCACCCUUAGGACUUGUACUUUUGUGACUUUUAUUAUUAUAACUUUAGGCUUACAUUGUGUAAAAAUCAAAUCUGUGUUAUAGAUCAAAUAUGUUUGUUUAGCUAUUAACUACUUGAGAGGAUAUGAUGUAAAAAAGACCCUUUUAUUUUUUCUUUUUCGUUUGUUGUCUAAAGGUGAAAAAAACAGGGGUGUCUUUUCUUGGACUUGUAUGUCAAUGAAAUGGAUGGCUGAGUUUUCUGUACAUGUAUAGAAAAAAGGUCAAUACUUCUCUUUCUGCGAUCAAUAUAUUACAUGUUGGGAUCAGAACAUUUUACUAGUGAAGGGGGAAAAGGUUUUGAGUAAUGUUAUUUGUGAUGUGAAUCUCAGAUAAAUAACUGAUAGAAGCCUACAACUAAGUGAGUAUUGAAUUGAUUUUAUUAGCUGAUGUAACUUGAUUU